AUGAAGUACUCAAACUGGUUUCUGAGCAUCAGCCUCGGCCUUGCGGCUGGUGUUGCCUCUCAAAGCACCUGCUCACUUGCUACCUUCCAGUCGUUUCUCGAUACCAAUCAGACCACAGCCGUAGUACAGCGGGCAGAGCUUGUCGCAGACAACGGUACCUUCAAAGUAACCGGUGACACCCCGUAUCCUACUUCGCCCACCGGUCUGCGCGCUCUGUGUGCAAUCCAGGUGAAUGUCACCUCGGAAGCCAAUACCCACUACAGCUUUGGCUUGUUUCUCCCGGUCGAUUGGAAUGGGCGUUUCUUAUCCGUGGGCAAUGGAGGUUAUGCUGGCGGCAUUAACUGGAUAGAUAUGGGUGCCGGAGUUGGUUACGGCUUUGCCGUCAUGUCCACAGAUACCGGGCACAGUGGCAGCUACUCGGAUACAGCUUGGGCUUACGGCAACCCAGAGUCCAUCACUGAUUGGGGAUGGCGCGCAAUGCAUGGUUCCACUGUGAUCUCCAAGAUGCUGAUCGAAUCCUGGUACGGACUAUCGUCGAAAUACAAUUAUUAUAGCGGGUGCUCCGUGGGAGGUAGACAAGGCCUGAGAGCUUUGCAGCUAUUCCCAGGUGACUAUGACGGUGUUUCAGCUGGUGCACCGGCAUGGUGGACGACGCACUUGCAAUUGGACGCUGUCAAGACAUUGACAUACAACCAGCCCGUUGGCGCCGAACACACGAUUCCUUCGAGUAUGUUCACUGUCAUUGCUGCUGAGGUGCUCAAGCAAUGCGAUCCCCAGGAUGGCUUGACUGAUACCAUCAUCUCCGAUCCGAUUGGGUGCAACUUUGAUCCCACCCCAUUGUUGUGCAACAGCACGGCCACAACUGGAUGUCUCAAUGGCGAACAGGUCAAGACCAUGUACAAGAUCUACAACGACUGGGUGGAAACGAAUCAGACUUUCGUCUUUCCUCACUACCUGCUUGGCACUGAAAGUCAAUGGAGUAUGAAUAUCGGUGAGGGCAGUGAGAGCUCGUUGGAAAACCAGUCUGGUUUUGCCCAGAACCUACUUCAGCUCGGUGCCAACUGGACUUGGCACGAUCUUGACUAUGAGACGGUACUUCUCGCCGAGCAGAUCAACCCGGGCAAUGCUACCGCCGACGACUUUGACAUUUCGCCAUUUUACGCACGUGGUGGAAAGCUUAUCCACCACCACGGCCUCGCCGAUGCUACACUUGCCACUGGCAGUAGUAUCUACUUUUAUCAACAAGUCAAGGCUGCUAUUCUGAGCCAGUCUAUCCAGCUCGAUGACUUUUACCGCAUGUUCUUGGUCCCUGGUCUCGAGCAUUGUAUGGCAUCCCCGAGUAAUGUGAAUGCACCAUGGUACAUCGCAGGCGCGAAUCAGGCCGCCCAGUUGGGCACGUCUGCUUCUGGUGUUCCCGGCUUCCGUGACGCCCAGCACGACGUCAUCCUCGCACUGAUGAACUGGGUCGAGAACGGCACGGCCCCAGACGCCAUUGUGGCUACGAAAUGGGACAAUGACGAUGUAACCAAGGAGGUUUCGCGUCAACGUCCAAUCUGCCCAUAUCCACAGCAAGCCAAGUUUAACGGUUCGGGAGACCCUAACCUGGCCGAAAGCUGGCAGUGCGCACGCUUGUAUUAG